AUGGACCAGUCUGUUACUACAGCCCUGCAGGAAAACACCACCCAGCACCCACCCAGCACCCACCACCACCCCAGCACCCUGUCCCCUCUCAUACCCAGGGUGGUCUCCAUAGUAACCAGCCUGGUCACAGCCGCCGCAGAGGACACGGCGGUGACCCACGGCAACCAGUCCACCCCGGGUGACCUGAGCCCCGCCCGCCUCCCGCCCACCCCCUUCACCCCUCUGAGCGCGGCCGACACCAGCUCCAUCCUUCAGGGCAUCGCCGUGGCAGCGCAGGCCCUCAUCCUCCUCUCCAUCUUCCUCCUGUCCAGUCUGGGGAACUCCGCCGUCGUCAUCGUCAUCAUCAAACACAGGCAACUCCGCACAGUCACCAACGCGUUCAUAAUGUCGCUCUCUUUAUCGGAUUUCCUCACGGCCGUGCUCUGCCUGCCUUUUUCCUUCGUCAUGCUCUUCAGUAAGGAUGGCAUUUGGAUGUUCGGGGACCGGUUUUGCGUCGCCAACGGGUUUUUCAACACGUGUUUUGGUAUUAUUUCCACUCUGACCAUGACUUUGAUAUCUUUUGAUCGAUACUACGCCAUCGUGAGGCAGCCCCAAGCGAAAAUUGGACGGCAAAAAGCAACCCAGCUCCUCAUAGCGGUUUGGUUAACUGCAGUAAUAUUUUCUCUACCUUGGUAUUUGCUUGUUCGAACUCCAGCUGAAAUCCACAAACGCGGUUUCUAUCACUGUAUGUAUGUGUUUCACUCCGGGACGUCGCGCAUGGGCACGGCCUACAGCAUCAGCCUCAUAGUGAUCUGUUACCUGCUGCCGUUUUCUCUCAUGUGUUUUUGUCAUUAUAACAUUUGCAAGACGGUCCGACUCUCUGAAAUCCGCGUCCGACCCGUCACCACGUACGCCUACUUGCUGCGUUUUUACAGCGAGAUGCGAACGGCGACUACAGUUUUGAUCAUGAUCGUCUUUAUCAUUUUCUGUUGGGGGCCGUACUGUCUGAUGGGACUCGUCACCGCGAUGGGGAACUAUACCUUCAACCCAGCAAUGGACACUGUCGCAAUCUGGCUAGCCUGGGCGAACGGAGCCAUCAACCCGCUCAUUUACGCUCUGAGGAAUCCAAAUAUUUCGAUGUUACUUGGAAGAAGUCGAGAGGAGGGAUAUAGGACCAGAAAUAUCGCCGCGUAUUUAUCAAGUCACAACCAGAACAGAGAGAUUAGAUUAAACCAAGCAGAGAGAAUAAGAGACAGGUACGUCAGCCGAGUCGGAGUCAACAACAACAGCCGUUUGUCCAACUCCAGUCCGGGGAAGGGAGGAGGAGGAGGAGAGGUGGCCAUGUGGGCGUGUAAGAAUCCCGCUGUGUUCUUCUGCAGAGACGCUCAGCCCGACACCACGGCUGUGGCCAACUCUGUGAGCGGUCCAAAGAACAAGACGGCCGACACGUCCCUGUGA